UGUCAAGCUAUCACAAAGCAGAAGCGGCGAUAGCAACGGAAGAUCGGCUAACAUCCACAAUGGUCCAUUUCUUGGACAUCAUUUGAUGAAACCUCUUAGAAAUCUGCCACCCUAAAGCCUUCUCUUGAGUGUUUACUGGAAACGUCAUCCCAUUGAGUUUCCAGUGGCAGUGCCAGAAUCGGACGCGGAGAGCGCAACCGUUUCAAAACUGAACCGGACUCGAUGAGGGAGCCCGAUCGGGAGGAUCAGCAGCUUGACGACAACAUGCCCCCCAAGUUCAAGAGACAUCUCAACGACGAUGAGGUCACGGGAUCCAUCCGCAGCGAGAGGAGGAACCUACUCGAGGAAGACUCUGAUGAAGAGGAAGACUUUUUUCUGCGUGGCCCGACGGGACCCCGAUUGGGAGGCCAGAACGACAAAAUCAAACACGUGCAGUCGCAGGUGGACGAGGUGAUCGACGUGAUGCAGGAGAACAUUUCCAAGGUGAUCGAGAGGGGCGAGCGUCUCGACGACCUGCAGGACAAGUCGGAGAGCCUAUCGGACAACGCGUCGGCCUUCAGCAGCCGAGCCAAACAGCUGCACAGGAGGAUGAUGUGGCGGAACAUGAAGAUGAAGAUGAUCAUCGCUCUGGUAGUGGUGGGGCUCCUGCUGAUUAUAAUCGUUCCGGUGAUUCUGCGGUAUCGUUAGUAUCCGCGGAAGAGGGCGACGGGCCUUUCCAUUCUCAUCUCAUCACACAAUCCAGUUGCGGGAGUCGGAAGACAAGCUCCCAACCCCCCCCGUCCCUCAUCACAAAAGUUGGCCCGACCGCCUUCAUCCCAAGCUUUGGAGUUUUAGAAAGCGGUUUGUUGGGCGGCGAGUAGUACAGUUUGCGUAACCUGCCAAUCUAUUUAAACGACGAAGGCGGCCACACGAGGAAACCAAAAUGGAGGACAUCUUUCACACGCUUCAAUGGAAGUUAGCGUUCUCUGUCCAACCAGUGACUGCGAGUGCGUUUUGCAACGCUGCAAGUGUAUGUACAGAACUGAAUCCAACCACAAUAUUUUUAAUUAUUUAUUUUUUAACGGGCACUACGUUUUCGGGAUCCCCCCCUAACGUCAAAAUGCGUCAGCGGCAUCCUUCUCGCCAGUUGAAACCAAAACCACGAAUGUUGUCUGUAGUCUUUCUAACUCGUUUUGACGGGCCAAUGUCAUUUUUAAAACUGUGAAACGGUCUAGACAUUUUAUUUGACUGCACUUUCAUUUCUUUCCAUGAUGUACAUAUUGAUCCUGUAAGCAUUCCAAUCCUCAUUCUUUCCCUCUUAACCGCCUCACUCCGUCUGAAAUAAAAGUGCUAUUAAAAGUC